AUGUCAGACAGUGAAAAUCUGAAAUUAAAUUUAACUAUAAUAGCAACACAACUAACACGCUAUUUAUCCAUAUUUAUACUUGUAUGUGGAACAAUUGGUAACGUAUUAAAUCUAAUUGUACUUCUUCAACGUUCAUUACGUUCAAAUCCAUGUUCAAUUUACUUUAUCUCGUCAUCCAUAUCAAGUUUAGUAGCACUUUACUCUGGACUUAUAACACGUAUAUUAGACACUUAUGGCUUAGAUCCAACAAGGAAUUCCUCUAUACAGUGUAAAAUACGAAGUUUUUUACUAUUUUGGUCAUUUACAAUAUCAACAUGGUUAAUUGCACUGGCAUCAGUUGAUCGUUAUUUAAUUAGUUGUCAAAAUGUUCAACGUCGACGUUUAAGUAGUUUAAAAAUUGCUUAUUAUCUUAUUGCAAUUGUAAUAGUUUUCUCAAUACUAAUUUAUGCUGAAAUAUUUUAUUGUAAUGACGCAAAUCUUCUUACUCCACCCUUACCAUGCUAUACUAAAAAUUAUCCAUGUCGAUUAUAUAAUGAUUUCACAUUUGCUCUUAUAUUUGUAGUAAUACCUUGUUUAUUAAUGUGCAUAUUUGGUUAUUUAACAAUAUUAAAUAUUAGAAAAUUACAUCGAUCUGUUGUACCUACUUCUGGUAUUCGAACUAAAAACUCUAAAGAUACACGAAACAUUAAAAAAUCUGAUAGACAAUUAAUACAAAUGCUGUUAAUACAAGUUCUUUUAUUAACAAUGUUUACAUUACCAAUAGCAAUUCAACGUUUGUAUGCAACAUUAACAAUAAAUACAGUUAAAAGUCAGUUAUCAUUAACAAUUGAAAAUUUCUUAUUUCAGUUGUUACUUUCAUUUACGUUUAUCAGUAUGAGUAUACCAUUUUAUGUGUAUUUAUUAACUGGUACAAUAUUUAGACAAAGACUUAUUGCUCUGUUUCAUAACUUAGUUGCAGUACAUCGUGUACAAUUAGAAACAAGUACAAUUUACAAUAAUAACUAA